AGGAACUUUGCAGGUGUUCGACGGGGCGGGGCCGACGCGGGCUUCCCAGGCCCCGCCCACAUUAGCCGAGGGCCGGGGCCAGGCUCAAGCCACGCCCCUGGCGUCAGGGUCAAUGCCAGGGGGCGGAGCCGACUCGGGGCGGAGCCCACUCCCGGCGGAAGCGCUCGGCUAGCCCGAGGCCAAGCUGAACGGCGGCGGUUAGGGGAUCGCUGGAAACCGACAGGAUGGGCAGCAGCUCUCUGUCCGAGGACUACCGCCUGUGCCUGGAGCGCGAGCUGCGGCGGGGCCGCGCGGGCGUGUGCGGGGACCCCUCGCUGCGCGCCGUCCUCUGGCAGAUCCUGGUGGAGGACUUCGACCUGCACGGGGCGCUGCAGGACGACGCGCUGGCCUUGCUUACCGACGGCCUGUGGGGCCGCGCCGACCUGGCGCCCGCGCUGCGCGACCUGGCCCGCGCCUUCGAACUCCUGGAAUUGGCCGCUGUGCACCUGUACCUGCUGCCCUGGAGGAAGGAGUUCACCACCAUCAAGACCUUCUCAGGGGGCUACGUGCAUGUGCUGAAGGGCGUGCUCUCCGAGGAGCUCCUUAUCAGGAGCUUCCAGAAGAUGGGCUACGUGCGCAGGGAUAACCACCGCCUGAUGGUGACUGCCCCACCCCCCGCCUGCCAGCUGGUGCAAGUGGCCCUGGGCUGCUGCCUUCGGCUGGAGUGUGAGAUCCUAGGUGAGGUGCUGGCACAACUGGGCACCAGUGUGCUGCCAGCUGAGGAGCUGCUGAGGGCACGGCGAGCCAGUGGGGAUGUAGCCUCCUGUGUGGCCAGGUUGCAACAGCAACUGGCCCAGAAUGAGGAGCCACCACCUCUGCCCCCUCGGGGCACCACUGCUACUUUUGGGGCCCCACUGGACCUGUACAGGGACCUGCAGGAAGAUGAGGACUCAGAGGAAGCCAGCCUGUAUGAGGAACCCUCACCAGGACCAGACUCACCACCUGUGGAAUUGACCUACAGGCAGCCACUCUGGGAGCAGAGUGCCAAGCUGUGGGGCACUGGGGGCCGGCCCUGGGAGCCCCCAGCUGAGGACCUGCCUCGGGCCAGCAGCCCACCCUAUGGGGCCCUGGAGGAGGAGCUAGAACCUGAGCCUUCUGCCUUCUCCUUCCACUCACUGCGCCGUGAGCUAAGUCGGCCUGGGGACCUGACUACUCCUGAACCUAGGGAGAGCCCUGGACAGGCCAGCCCCCGGCAUACACGGGCAGAGGGCACACUAGCCUCAACCUAUGGGCCUGUCUCUGAGCCCUUGGGCUACCAGGCACACAGCUGCCUGGCCCCUGGUGCCCUGCCCACCCUCUGCUGUGACACUUGUCGCCAGCUGCACACUACCCACUGCACUGCUCUACCAGCCUGCCGCCCAGGUCACUCACUGCGUGUGCUGCUUGGUGACACCCAAAGGCGCUUGUGGCUGCAGCGUGCACAGGUGGACGCCCUACUGUAUGACAGUCCCGGGGCUCAUCCCUAGGCCCAGUUGGUUUACAGGCCAAGGGUU